AUGCCGCGUGCAGAAGUCGGUACCCCGAAGUAUCUGGCCAACAAAAUGAAGGCUAAGGGCCUGCAGCGUUUGCGCUGGUACUGCCAAAUCUGCCAGAAACAAUGCAGAGACGAGAACGGCUUCAAGUGUCACACGCAGUCCGAGUCACACCUCCGGCAAAUGCUCGUCGUCGGCGAGAGUGCCGGGAAGCACAUCGCUGACUUCUCGUCCCAGUUCCAACACGACUUCGUUCAGCUUCUCUCCCGCCGUUUUGGCACGAAGCGCGUCAAGGCGAAUACGGUCUAUCAGGAGUUCAUCCAGGACAAGAACCAUCUCCAUAUGAACGCUACUCGCUGGGUAACCCUGACCGAGUUCGUGAAGCAUCUUGGUCGGACCGGAGUUGCGCGGGUGGAUGAGACGGAGAAGGGCUGGUUCAUUGCAUGGAUAGACAACAGCCCCAAGGCACUUGCGAAGCAGGAGGCCUCAAUGAAGAAGGAACGGAUGUCGGUUUCUGAUGAGCAGCGUGAACGAAUGCUCAUUGAGGAGCAGAUCGAGCGCGCAGCUGCUGAGGCGGAAUCAUCCGGAUCCAAACAAGAACAGUCACCACCAGCGGAAGAGAUUGGCUUGAAGCGCGAUGAGACGACGGAGAAGGUCGUGUUAUCCCUCGCUCCCAAACCUGGAGCAUCCUCUUCGGGAAUCAAGCUCAGCGCUCUCAAGCCUGCCGCGAACCCCCUCAAAGCUUCCAAUCCCUUGAAGCGCCCCAAUGUUUUCAAGCAGGCUGCUGCUACUUCCUCAAGUCUAGCGCCUGUUGAUGCGGAGAAGAUCAAUGGCAAGAAGAGGGAGUUGACAGCAGCCGAGCGGCUCAUCCACGAGGACCAGGAAAGGAAACGGCGGCGCGUGGAGCGAGAGGCCGCCGCAUAA